AUGUCUGAUAGUGGUGAUAUUGGUGCAUUUGCUUCAGCAGUGCGUCAGACCCCUGAGACCUACCGUAGCCGGGGCCAGCCUAGAAGAGUUUCUAAUGCUAUUGCUAGGGCCAUGGUGUCAUCAGGCGCCACCAAAGACUCACGACUCGAGCCUGAUGCUCCUCUCUCUUCGCAUUUAACUUAUCUGGUAUUCAGAUUCAUCUUACAAAUAUUUUAUUUCUGUUUUUCUGGCUACCAAUGGGUUCUAUACUACUAUCAUCGACUACGACUUCGUAUCAGCAGUGUCGCUGUUUAUCAUAAUCGUACACCACAGUUGAUCCGCAGUGAUGUUGUGUCCCUGGAGAAAAUCCCUGGUCAUGUUGCAACUGUUCUAAACCUAAAAAACGAAAGCGAGGAAGGUGGUGGUAUUGACGGCUUGCUUCAUGAGGUUGGAGAGCUGGCUGCUUGGUGUGUUGGUGCUGGCAUCUCAGUGCUCACAGUGUAUGAAAAGAGAGGCAUACUAAAGUCCAUGCCUAUACAAGAUGUCAAUAGAGCCAUCACUAGAAAACUGGAAAAUUAUUUUGGUAUUUCAAAUACGCCUAAAUUUAGACUUGUCAUACCACAUUUGCAUUCUCAGAGCUCUAUUCGACCUGGUGACAAUGGUGACGACGCUACAGAUGAAAAGUUUGACCUGGUUAUAAAUCUCAUUUCCCUCACAGAUGGUCGUACUUCUAUUGUAGAGUUGUCGAAAACCUUGGCUGAUAUGGCUAUGGAGCAUAAGCUGUCGUCGCGAGACCUGUCUUUAUCUCUAAUUGAUCGGCAUCUCCGUGAUAUUCUAGAGGAGCCUGACCUGGUGAUCUUAUUCAGCCCCGACAUUGACCUUCAAGGCUUCCCUCCAUGGCAAAUUCGCCUUUCUGAGAUCUUUUAUCUCCCUGAUAACGACGAAGUUUCAUAUGUUGUUUUUCUCAAGGCUCUUCAGAAGUAUGCCAAAUGUAAAAUUAACGUCGGUAGAUAA